AUGACUUCUAACACCACAGAUGCAGGAGCAACAGGAAUAGCACAACAAACGCCAGCUCUACAAACACCUUUGUCAAGCGCGAAUCAAAAGUUACGUUAUAUAGAUGCAGAAACGGCAGUAAAGAUUGACGAACAACUUUUAUCGGAAGAAGGCGGGUUCAGUAUUGAUCAAUUGAUGGAAUUAGCCGGGCUUUCAUGCGCACAAACAGUUUUUGCUUGUUAUCCUCCUUCAACUUUUGGUACCGUUUUAGUGGCUGCAGGACCUGGGAAUCAAGGUGGUGAUGGAUUAGUGGCAGCAAGACAUUUAAGUCAUUUUGGUUAUCGGGUAAUGCUUUGGUAUCCAAAACAAGGAAAGACUGAAUUGUUUGCAAGACUCAAAAAACAACUUAAAAAUUUAAAUGUUGAUUUUGUUGAUACGGAUGAAUUUGUUGAUGCACUAGAAGAAGCAGAUGUAGUUCUAGAUGCAAUCUUUGGAUUUUCAUUCAAAGGAGAACCAAGGGAACCGUUCAAAGAACCUUUGGAUGCUAUGAAUAAUGAAUCUAGAAUGGAAUUCGAAGCACGUCGUAAAGUUCCACCGAUCGUUUCCAUUGACAUUCCAUCCGGAUGGAGCGUUGAUGAAGGUAAUCAAGGAGGCAAAAAAUUCACACCACAAGUUAUCCUUUCUCUAACUGCACCCAAACAUGGAAUCAAAUCUUUCACCCUUGGACCUGAAAAGAUCGGAAGGCAUUUCUUGGGCGGAAGAUUUGUUUCAGAUGAAAUUGAGGAAAAAUUCGCUUUGGCUUUACCCGUCUAUCCGGCAGACGCUCAAAUAGUGGAUGUUACCGGAUUUGGCGAAAUGUCACCUGAAGAAGCAAAACAAAAGUUAGAAGAAGAAAACCUGUACAUCAUAUACACAAACGAUUUCGAUUACUGCAAUCAUGGCCCCCUCCCUUAA